CGUCGUGCACGGCUGGGGAAACAGAAGCUUCUUCACGUUCUUCUCGAGUUCAACCGAAUAUCUCCGAGUCUUGGCUACCUUGAAGCCACGAUCUUCCUCCUACUGACAGUUAUCUCCCUUGUCGGAAACAUCGUGGUUUUCGUGCAGCUCGUGCUAAAUAGACGAAACCGAGGCACCACCACGUGCUUCAUAUGCAACCUGACAGUUGCCGAUUUGUGCUUCAGCGGAGUCGCACCCUUCAUUGCGGUGACUCGAAUAACAGAGCGAUGGGUGUUCGGGUCGGUGAUGUGCAGUUUGCUAGUGUACACGGGGUCAGUGUGCGCCUUUGUGGACAUCUGGACGAUGACGCUGAUAGGUAUCGACCGAUAUAUGUGUAUCGUCCGACGGUCAAAGACAAGACUGACCCCACGGUCAUCCAUAGUCAUCCUCGGCGUUGUCUGGGCGUUUGCCUUCAUCUGUUUCACUCCUCUCGCCGUCUACUUCAACGUCAGAAGCGUCCCCAUGGGCAACAUCAAGGUUGAGAUAUGCACGUUGGUAUGGCCUCGACAGAACAAGUUCAAAGUGUCCUUCCUCUUCACCAGUGUUUUGUGCAUCUGUGGAUUUAUUCUUCCCCUGCUUCUCCUGUCGUGGAGCUAUUUCCAGAUCUUUAGAAAGUUUUGGAAAAUAAGGGGCGUAAUUUUACAAAAUCAAAGAAAUCUGUCGAGCAUAUGGAUGAACUCUUUAAACGUCAGACGCCGACGUGACAUCCGGGACUUUAAAGUUGUAAAAACCCUCUUCCUCCUUGUUCUGCUGUUUGGGAUCAUGUGGUCACCAAUCUUCAUCUCUAUGAUCCUCAUCCUGUACGAUGGUGCAGCUGAUACAAUGAUCAUGUCAUCUCAAGUUUUCAUUGCAACGUACUGUGUCGCUGUUUGCAACGCUUGCAUCAACCCAUUUGUGUACGGUAUUAUGAUGGAGCGAUUGCGGACGAAACUCACUUCCUGUGUUACAUGUUCAAGGUCAGGGUCGUCUGAUCCGGAACCGGAAGUCAGCCCCGACAAGCAUGACAGUGUGCAGGUGAUCAGUUAUGGAGGAGAGACAUGCGCACACAGCCCACUCCGUGACCCUUGAUUUGAUCUCACGUGCAAUAUGAUCAUCAUAAUCUCUGUAAAUUAUUUCAUUGUUCGACACGACGUGUUCUGAUCGUCAAAAUAAUUAACAAUUAUUCCGUGCACAGUACAUCAGUUAACCCUCAUCUUCAUCUAGUGUCUGCCAGGAUACGUAUCAUGUCUCGGUCUUCAUCAGAGACCCUCUAUGUUUCAUAUUUUAGAAAAUAUUAAUGGUUUCCUAAAUCUUAAUCAUAUAUCAAAGCUCGACAUGAUUCUACCUUUCUUGAAGACCUGGCUUAUUUCUGGUGUCACCCGCCGUGGUAUUGCCCGAAUGUUGUUAAAAGCGGCGUAAAUCCAUACUCACUCACUCACUCUUGGGGACCUGAGAGCACCACCACAUAACUCUUGAAACUUGCAUCAAGUGAAUCCUAAGCGAACUUUGACCCAAAAAUAGAAAUGAAGGAUGCCCAGGUUUGACGUGACCUCUCAUAAGGCUAGGAUGGGGUGGUGGGUGUGGGGUGGAGGGGGGUUUGCUGUACUCUUCUCCGAGUACGUAUCUGAUUUUCAUUUUUAAUAUUUUUGUAUAAGGGGUAAUCAAAAUAUGAAUCAUUUUCAGAUGGAGACAACAGUCCUUAGCGAUAAAACCACCGUGAUACAGACGUAAUGCUACAAACCACUUAAAACACAAAUAAUUUAAUUGUAAUUAUUGCCAGUAAUGUAUCCGACGGAUACAUUUUCACACUGUUGGUUUCUCUUACUGAUGUAUUAUAGAUGUACUUAGCUCAGAUCAUCGUAUCAGUUUAAUGUAUUGAUGUAAUAAACAUUAUUUCAUGA